UGUAAUGCCCCAAAAUGGCGCGUGGUAGAGGAAGGGGAGGCCGUCGACGGGAAGAUAGGCAAAAGGCGAAACAACGACAAAUCAACAGGGCUCUGAAGUUGUCAGAGAUCAACUCUAAAGCCAGAUAUCAACAGGAAGAGUAUCUGCGCCGAAGGCAGCAGGCAGAAAGAGACGCACUGAAGAAAGCACAAGGAGAAACAAGUCAACAACCAAGACCAGAUAAGAAUAAUGAAGCAUCCUCAUCAUCAUCCAGUGAGAGUGAAGACGAGAGGCAGACACCCUACGAUCUCCUGGUAACAUCGCUUCAGUCAAACAGAGAUCAGAGCUCCUCUGAAGACAUCUCAGACUCGGAGGAUGAUGGUGAUGAUAGUGAUAGUGUACAAGAGGAGGAAGAUGACAUUGAAAGUGAUGAAGACAGUGAGCAGGAAGACAUCACCAGAGAUGAUGGGGAAGAUGUGAGUACUGACAAUGAGGAGGAGGAAAGGACUAUUCCUGAGGACCUAACAUCUGAUGAAGAAACAACAGUCAAGGGAAAGAAGAGGAAAAAAGAAGAUGAUGGAGUCUUAGAGCAAAGGAAGGUAAAAAGGAAACUGAAGCCAAUAGAAGAACAGGACAAGAGGGAAGAGCAAGAGAAGGAAGGACAGUGGUCUUCAGAUGGAGAGAGUGAGGGAGAAGAUCCUGAGGAUGAAAAGUCCACUACUGGAAAGGAUCCUUUUUGGCAUCAUCUGACCACUGAGCUGCAGGAGGACCAGGUGGACAAGCUGGGGCAGCAGAGCAGCUGGGCAAGGAAGGAGGCAAUGUGGAAAGCUAUAGGGAGACUUGUGCAUACCUACUGUCCCGAGGGUCCCAAAAGCAGCAUCACUGUCAACAAGGAUAGCAUCAACAAAAUGAAUGUUAAAGGACUUCUCUGUACUAACUGGAAUGAAGUGAAUGGAGCUGCAGCCAAUCAAGAAAAUGCAGAGGAGAUAAAACUGUCAUCAGAUGGUGAGUUCACAGGGAGACAGAGGGAGCUGUUUUCUCUGAUGCAUGGAUACAAGGACGUGUACUUCUCAGAGAGAACACAUCAGAAUGGAGAGGAGUUGCGGAAGCUGUACUGUCUACAUGCCCUGAACCAUGUGCUGAAGACUCGAAGUGUGGUGACAAGACACAAUACCAAACUAAAACUUGGGGCAGAAGUUGAUCCAGACUCAGAUGAGUUCCAGGACCAGGGCCUGACCAGACCUAAGGUCCUGCUGGUGGUCCCCUUCAGAGAAGCAGCUCUCAGAACUGUGCACAUCAUCACCCAGCUUAUGAGGAGACCAGAUGGGAAGCCAGUAGAAGUGAUGAACAAGAAGAGAUUUCAGGAUGAAUAUUCCGAGCUGGAACACGCUCCUCCAAAAGUCCCCCUGCCAGAGGAUUUUGAAGCCACCUUUGCAGGAAACAUUGAUGACCACUUCAGGAUCGGCCUGUCUGUGUCCAGACGUAACAUCCGGCUCUACUCGCCAUUCUACCUGUCUGACAUCAUCAUCGCCUCUCCUCUGGGUCUCAGGACAGUCAUCGGUGCAGAAGGGGAAAAGGACAGAGACUAUGACUUCCUGUCCUCCAUUGAAGUUCUAAUCUUGGACCAGACUGAUAUCUACCUCAUGCAGAACUGGGAACACAUACAGCACCUGAUGCAGCACAUGCACCUGCAGCCGAAGGAGACACAUGGGACAGACUUCUCCAGAGUCAGGAUGUGGUACCUGAAUGGAUGGGCCAAGUACUACAGACAGACGCUGAUCUUCAGCAGUAUCCCCAGUCCUGAGAUCAAUGCCAUCUUCAACAAACAAUGCUACAAUUAUGCAGGUAAGGUGCAGGUGUGCAACCCCCCCUCCCGAGGCACCAUCUGCCAGGUGGCCCUGCAGCUGCCCCAGGUGUUCAGACGGGUGGAGUGCUCCUCCUUCUCACAAGCAGCCGACGAAAGGUUCAACUUCUUCGUCUCUCAGGUCCUGCCACAGCUGAAGGAUGGGAACAUGCAGCGCACACUGUUCUUCAUUCCCUCCUACUUUGACUUUGUGCGGAUCAGAAACUACUUCAGAAAAGAGGAUAUCACCUUUGCGCAAAUCUGCGAAUAUACGACCCAAGCCAACAUUUCCCGUGCUCGGCAGUACUUCCAGCGGGGAGACAGGCCGUUCCUGCUGUUUACGGAAAGGUUCCACUUUUUCAGAAGGUACAGGAUAAAGGGCAUCCACAGCCUGGUGUUCUACGAGCUCCCGCUCUUCCCACACUUCUACAGCGAGCUGUGCAACAUGCUGGAGCUCGGUGGUGGGGAGGGGGGCGCCGCUGACAGGACCUGCACGGUGCUGUACACCAAGUACGACGCUCAGAGGCUGGCCGCUGUGGUGGGGGCCGGCAGGUGUGGCCACAUGGUCACCUCCAGCAAGAGUGUCCACAUGUUUGUAACGGGGGAGCAAGGGUAAAUAUGGGAGGGGGGGCACACUCAAUGUUAGACUUUUAUAUAUGGGUCCAAUCAGGGCUCUUGCCAGCACCCGUUUUUCUGUCAAUUGCAGGAACUUUAUUUGUGGCGUGUGAUGGAAAGAUUUUUAAACCAAUCCGUCAACCUUGAUGGACACAAUUGACAAAAAUCUUGGAUAAAAAUAUAAGAAACAUCCAAGGACAAACCUCUCCCUCCCCCAGACCCCCCCAGAUUGGGAGCACUUUCUCCCCAGAUCUAAUCAUGAACCUGGGCUGACAGAAAAUAAAUGAAGCUGUUUUAGAUAUGCUUCCUCAGCAGCUAUUUGAUUGCCCUUAGUUUCUACAGCUUUUUUUCAUCAUAAAAAGCAAAAUACCUCUUUUCUUUCUACAAAAUGUACCAACUAGUCUGUUAUUCUUCAUGCCUGUUUAUUUUAUACCAAUGUGUAUGAACAUUAUUGUCUCAAAUAUUUCAUGAAAAUAUUAUUGCGUACAUCUCUAGAUCUUUUUGAAGAUACAUAUAUUUUUUAAGAACUAAUUGAUUAAUACAAUUCGUUUGUUCCAUUUUAUGCCUUUUGGCAUAUCAGCAAUUUCAUGUUAGUCAAUAAUUAAACAUUUAUGGAUAAGAGAAAA